AUGGCCGGCCUCUGCGCCGUAGGCGGCAUCAUCGGAUUCGCCAAGACGCGCUCGCUUCCCUCCCUCGUCGCCGGAGUCGGUGUGGGUGCCCUCUACGCUCUCGCCGCAACUCGCAUCAAGAACGGCGGCGACUACGGCUACGAGAUCGCUUCAGGCGCCAGCGCCUUGCUGUUCGCGAGCUCGGCGCCAAGAUUCAGGAAGGGCCCGGUGCCCAUGGGCUUGUCAAUCACCGCGGCACUCGCGCUCGGGUACUACGGCAAAAAGGUGUAUGAGUUCAGGCAAUGA